AUGGCAUCAGCAAUUCCUGAUAAUAAUGGAAGGCGGUCCUGUCUAAAGCUGAAAGUCUUUGUUCGGCCUGCAAACAACUGUAUGAAAACUAUAGGUGUUCAUGAUCGUGUUUUCGAUGUUAACGACAAAGUAGAAAAUUCAUUAGAACCAGCAGAUGACACUGUACAUGAAUCAGCUGAGCCAUCCCGUGGGGAGAAUGCAGCACAUACACCAAGGAUAUCCAGUUGGCUUUUGGCAACUCUACUAUUCCUCCUGGCAAUGCUUUUGACGUUAUAGCACAUACUCUACAUGCUGUUACAGACAACACCAGGAUUUUGGAAAAUCAAAAAUCCACUUAUCUGCUCAUCCUAAGAAUGGGACUUUAAACUGGUUUUGCAGAUGUUGGUUUGUUUCCUUCCCCCAGUCUCCUCCCCUUCUUCCUCUGCAGCCUGAACUAUGAACAAAAAUUAGAGAGGCCUAACUAGCCCUCUUCCUGCACCCAGUCUUUCCCCAGCCUUCCUUGAUCCCUUCUAAAAUAAAAGGACUCCAAAUGAAAAUGCCAAAUUUCAAUAUUGACACUAGUGAUUCUUACUUUCCUCUGCAGCCUCUUACGAUACUGCCUCCUUUAGCUCGCUGGGCCAUCUGUAUGUGGAGAAGGAAGAAUAAUAGCAGAUGCAGGCAGUUGGAGGAUAAGGAUAUUGUUUGGGAAACCAAGAGGAGUUUUUUCCCCCCCUUUACUCUCUUCAGUACAAUAUUUAUUCCUUCUUGUUCAGCACUGUAAGAUGAUCGUGCAAGGCACUGUGCCACCAUGUCAGGACUGGAGGGAUGAUAUUAAGAAUAGAUAUAGCAUAACACCA